UUCUAUCUCCACCACAAUAUAAACCCCUCUCUAUCCUCUCUUUACACAUCAAGCACUUGCACAAGUACUAGCUAGAGCUGGUUUAAUUCCUUGUACAUUUUUGCAUUUGUUCCGGCUCCAUUACAAAUAUGAAGCAGCAAUCUUUCGUCUUAUUUUCACUUCUAAUUAUCUUCAUUCAUUGCACUAUCACUCUAGCUCAGUCUCCGGCUGCUGCACCAGCACAAGGACCCGUGGCUGCAUCCCCACCUCCUCCACUCAUAACACAGACACCAGCUGCAACCCCAGCACAGCCAGCUUCAGUGCCUGCUCCCACCAACGUCACUAAAAUCCUUGAAAAGGCUGGCCACUUCACUGUCCUCAUCCGCCUUCUAAAAUCCACUCAAGAGGAAAACCACUUACUCACUGUCCUCAACAAUUCAAACAAUGGUCUCACCAUCUUUGCGCCAACCGAUGGCGCGUUUUCUACUCUUAAAUCAGGCACUCUCAACUCCCUAACAGAUGAAGAGAAGUCUGAGUUGGUGAAGUUUCAUGUAGUUCCUACAUUUCUAUCAACUUCCCAAUUCCAGACUGUGAGUAACCCAGUAGGAACAGAGGCUGGAAGUGGUGGUCGCGUAGCUCUCAACUUUACUACUUAUCCCAAUUCAGUGAACAUCAAUACAGGACUUACCAAUACAAGCAUUUCUGGCACCGUAUACACAGAUAACCAGCUAGCCAUUUACAGGGUCGACAAGGUGCUGCUUCCUAUGGACAUAUUUACUCCUAAGCCUCCAUCUCCUGCACCAGGACCAGCACCAGAGAAAAAGCCCAAGAAGGAGACUCCUGUAGCUGAGACUCCCGUUGUUUCUACUACUGUGAAUACGUCUGGUGCAGUAAGUUCUGCACAUUAUCAUGUGAUGCUUCUUGGAGUUGGUAUAGUUGCUGCAAUAUUUUCUUUAUGAUAAUGCAAAACAAGAAGGGGUUUUGGGUUUCAUUUUUCUGAAUCGGAUUGAAUGGUACUGGUGAUCAGCAUUGUGAGUGCUCUUGAAUAAUUACCAAUUUUCCUUUCAGUCCUAUUUGUAUCGCCCAAAUAUGAUUAUUUAAUUAGGAUUGAGUUUGAGGUUCUAUCCCUUUUUCUCUCUCUUUCCAGUUCCAUGUGUAUGGGAAGCUGUAAUAAACAUUGAGUCAUGUAUUAAUAUUCUUAUUAAUUAAUCGUUUUCUUUUUAAUAUAACUAUAAUGUCUUUGGUUA